UCCUUAAAGAAGAAGGAAUCCUACUCCAAUAAGGAGUUGGAAAUUCUCUUUGAGUUCUAUUCAAACAAGGAGAUAGCAAUUUUGUUUAUUCCUUCCUAAGUUAGGAAUCCUACUACAUUAAGGAAUAGUCAAGUCAAUUCCUACUAGGAAGUGCUUGAACUGAUCUGUUCGUUUUAAUUUGUUUAGAUUGCUGCAAAAUAACUUGAAUUGAGCUUGUUUAGUUCAAUAAGGAACUGAAAGAGGAAAGUUGAGUGAGGGAAAAAGGCAAGAGGUGUGAGCAACAUUUGAGAGAAAAGCCAAGUUCUACAGUGUGCGAAACACGUGUUAAGUGCCAUUCUGUGAGAGAGUGGAGUGAAACACGUAAGGGAGUGUUGUGAGGUCCUUUUAUUUUCUAUUUCUAACAUUCCUUGCAGGUUUCAAUCAUGUCAAGCGGUGAUGAUAGAAAACACCAAGUGGAUGAUUCCUUCAUGCUCAAAGCUAUGCAACAACAAUUUCAGAGGCUAGACAUCAUGUUUGGUGAAAUUAUAGACAAAAUGGAGAAGCAAGAUGCAGCCAUUGCCAAGUUAUACCAAAUACAGAAUGGUAGUCCAAAUUUGCAUAAUCAUGAUCUUGAUGACAAUGAUGAAGAUGCAUUCAACGAUGAUGCCCAGAACUCAAAUUUCAGCAUGGACAGAUUUAUGAAAGGCCUUACUCAAGGGUCCAAAAGCGUUGAGGAUUAUCACAAGGAGAUGGAAAUCGCAAUGGUUAGAGCGAAUGUUGAAGAGGGUAGAAAAGCAACAAUGGCACGGUUUCUGCAUGGUUUAAAUUGUGAUAUAGCUAAUGUGGUGGAACUGCAGCAUUAUGUUGAAUUAGAGGAUAUGGUGCACAUGGCAAUGAAAGUAAAAAGGCAACUCAAGCGUAAAGGUGCCACCACUAUAACUGGGCAAAAUCCAGGUUCCUCAUUUUCUUUGAAACCAAAUUGGAGCAAGAAGGAAGAAAAUUCUACUUUUAAGCCUAAAACUUUAGCAUCUAAGUCAAAAGACGUUGGCAGCAGUGAGAAGAGUAAAAUUGACAGUAUGCAAGGUAGAAACCGAGACAUUAAGCGUUUUCGAUGCUUGGGAAGAGGGCAUAUUGCAUCGCAAUGCCCUAAUAAGCACACGAUGAUCCUGAAAGAGGAUGGAGCAAUUGAAACAGAGGGUGAAUCUGAUGAUGACUCUAUGCCACCAUUGGAAGAUGCUGAUGAUGGCAUGGAAUAUGUUGUUGAUAGAGAACUGCUUGUCACUAGGUGUGCUUUGAAUGUGCAAGCCAAAGAAGAUGAUGAAGUACAAUGCGACAACAUAUUUCACACGAGGUGCCAUAUCAAAAAUAAGGACUUCAAGGACGUGUUUCCAGAAGACAUCCCUAAUGGUUUACCACCAACAAGAGGAAUUGAGCAUCAAAUUGACUUCAUUAUAGGUGCAACAAUUCCAAACCGACUAGCAUAUCGAAGCAACCCCAAUGAGACAAAAAAACUUCAAAAGCAAGUUGAAGAACUCAUGAAGAAGGGGCAUGUGAGAGAAAGCAUGAGUCCAUGUGCAGUUCCAAUGUUACUUGUGCCUAAGAAGGAUGGGAGUUGGCGUAUGUGCGUUGAUUGUCAUGCUAUCAACAAAAUCACUGUAAAGUAUCGUCACCCUAUUCCUAGAUUAGAUGACAUGUUAAAUGAACUGCAUGGUGACGAGUUGAGGACAAAUCCUUUUGAGGAGAGAAGGAAUGAUGGGAAUCAAGAUGACCCCACAUGUACCACGUCAAGAGAUCCAUUACACAUUCCAAGAGGUCCAAUCACAAGAGCUAAAGCUAGGAAGAUGCGAGAAGCUUUAAAUGGCCUUAUUGAGCAGAUCUGGGUUGAUAACAACAUGCAAGAAGUGAAUUGAAGCUUGGAUAAUUAUCAAGGCAUGAUAAACAUCAUUCAAGUUCAAGAGAAGCUUAAUUGAGGUCAUUUAUGCUAAAUUACAUAGUCUGCAUCAAUCUCGCAAUUCUGUUGCAAUUUGUAACAAACUGAUAUUUCAUGU